AAGUCAUCAACAGCAUCAGAACAAUAACCAUCAUCAUCCACAUCAAUCAAUCAAUCAAUCUUUGAACAAAAAUGAAGUUCACAACCACCACCGCCCUCCUCCUCGCCACCGGCAUCACCACCAUCGCCGCCAUGCCUUGGUCUACCAAGAACUCGGCCAAGACUCCCUCUCAAGUGUUUGAGGAGGACAUCACUCUCCGCAUCGAAGUCGUCCCCAAGACCAACAACAAGCACCACCACCAGCAGCAGCAGCAGUCUACGAAGAAAAAUGACUUUGCUAGAUUACUGAAGAACGGCGAUGACGAUGAUGAAAAGCCCGAGAUUUGCUGGAUGGCGUGUUUUAGUGAAAGCCCGAAUUGUCCUGAGGGAUGGCACUCAAAGCAGCAUGGUGAUUGCUGGACUUGCUGCCGGUCUAUGGGCGAGGAUAGCUUUGACUUGUAAGAUUGUCCUCUCUGGGCUGGGAUGAGGGCAGGAAAUCUUGUUUGUCUGCUAUCUGCGAACCGAGUGAUAGUGCUUGCGGCAAUGAGUGAUGAGGUCUAUGUGGAGAGGUAGUUAGGGUACUAGCCGAUAUGAAUUAUGAUGUGUGACGAGAGAGGUGACACAAGAUGCCUUCGACUCCUG